AUGACCGAAGGUGCCAUUAGGUCUGCAGGCUAUUGGGUUAUCAACUGCAAGCGAAUGGUUUCAUCAGAAAUCCACCACUGUGUCACCUGUAAGAGGCUCCGCGGGAAAUUUGGGUGGGUUCAGAUGGCAGACCUUCCUGAAGAUCGACUGAAAGAGGCCCCACCUUUCUCCUAUGUUGGACUGGAUGUAUUUGGACCUUGGUCGGUGGUGACGAGACGUACUAGAGGCGGCUCGGCAAACUCCAAGAGAUGGGGCGUUUUAUUCACUUGUUUGGUAUCGCGAGCAAUACAUGUGGAGCUUGUCGAAGAGGUCAGUUCAGCCUCAUUCAUCAACUGCUUAAGAAGAUUCAUAGCCCUGCGAGGCCCCGUGCAGCAAAUUCGUUCCGAUAGAGGAACAAAUUUCAUUGGCGCUGUCAAGGAGCUCAGCCUUGAUGCGGAGUUUGUCGAAUCUGGACCAGUUAAGGACUACCUAACUAUGAACAAAGUCUUAUGGAUAUUUAAUCCUCCCCAUGCCUCCCACUUCGGGGGCGUAUGGGAACGCAUGAUUGGAUCGGUUCGACGUAUUCUGGAUGCUCUUCUUUUGGAGAACAAAUCAUUUGACUUAACACAUGAAGUCCUGUCAACCUUAAUGGCGGAAGUAUGUACCAUUGUUAAUAGCAGACCACUCGUUCCAGUUUCUUCAGAUCCGGAGGCGCCAGCUGUUCUUUCACCAACAUUAAUCCUAACGCAGAAACAACCAGAUGUUACGUUCAGUGUACCGGAGUUUGGGACCAAAGAUGCCUUGCGUAGUCAAUGGAAACUUGUGCAGAGACUGGCAGAUCAGUUCUGGUCACGUUGGAGGGCAGAGUACUUGAAUGUUUUACAGAAACGCGCUAAGUGGCAUAGUGGAGGUCAAGAAGUCAAUAAGGGAGAUGUUGUUCUGAUGAAAGAAGAAGAUACUCACCGUAACCAGUGGCCCUUGGAAGUCGUGGACGAAGUGUUCUACAGCAAAGACUCAAAGGUUCGAAAAGUCAAGGUUACCAUAGUUCGGAACGGCUCUAGACUAUCUUAUGUUCGUCCCAUUUGUUACCUUGUAAGACUGCUCGAAGUGAAUUAG